CAGGAAUAAAAGGCUGCUCUGCCUGCGGCACCCGCCACUCAGGACCUCAGGACGCUGUGGCCAGAGACCGGCGGAGGCCGUGGCAGGAGAUCCGUAGGAUGUCUGAGCUGGAGAAGGCCAUGGUGGCCCUCAUUGAUGUUUUCCACCAGUAUUCUGGAAGGGAAGGUGACAAGCACAAGCUGAAGAAAUCUGAACUUAAGGAGCUCAUUAACAAUGAGCUGUCCCAUUUUUUAGAGGAAAUCAAAGAGCAGGAAGUUGUGGACAAAGUCAUGGAAACACUGGACAAUGAUGGCGACGGUGAAUGUGAUUUCCAGGAAUUUAUGGCCUUCGUUGCCAUGGUUACCACUGCUUGUCAUGAGUUCUUUGAACAUGAGUAAGGGAGGAAGCAGCCACGCUGUUCCUGUACCGGAGAUGAAGGCCAUUCACAGAAGAGAGAGCAAGGCUUUCAGGCUAGUAGGAGCUGAGCUUUCCAGCCAUGCUGUAGCUAAUUAGGAAGCUUGAUUUGCUUUGUGAGUGAUAAAUCGAACCAUCUUUCCAAGAGCUGUUUUAAACAGGCCACAUUUUUAUUUCUGCUCUAUUAGGCAUAUGUGUAAGCAGACAGGUCCCUGGGACUUGGAAAUAAUCAUUUAGGCAAGUCAGUUCUCAGUCAUGAAGUAUAUGCGCUACAGACCACCCGCUGAGAGGAAUCCAAACCCAGAGAAAGCAAAACUGACUACCAAAAAUUACUCUGGGUCAUUCUUACGUUUUCCACUGCAUUUAAAUUUAUUCAUCAUUAGUGCAAAUAAAACCCAAAGUAGUCUGAAAUCUGCUCUCCCACUCACCCACAAGAGCAUGAUCACAUUUAGAUCCCUUUUCCUCUGGUGAGCUGUGAUUACUGAGUAAAUAUUUAAUGCUAACAGUUCUCAAAGGAAAAAUUGUAUCAUAAACAGCAAGUACUGACAUUUUAACUAAUCAGAACUGAGAAUCAAAAUUCUAAUUCGUUAGAACUCUCCCAAUAUGAUAAUCUCUGGAUCUGUGGGGGUCCCAGGGGCAGGAGGGCAGGGCUGGGCCGGGGCCAGGGUUCAGGCUUGUUGGUCCCAGCUGGGCUAUGCAGCAGGAGCUUCACCUGGUGGGUUUCCUCUCCGCUGUGAACCUGGAAGCCGUCAUCGCCCGUGGAGCAGGGUCUCCCCAUGGCUCCGCAUCCGCUGUGAAGUCCACUAGCUGAAGUUUACUCUUCUGUAUUCGCGCAUCCAAAUAAAUCAAGUGUCAAAGAAUUCCACUUACAAGUGACAGAUACUACAACUCAGUUCCAAGAAAAUUCUAAUUUUAUCCACCGUCUUUUUCUGUUGCGUCUCUUUUAACAUGGAACAAAAACCCAUAAACUGAGUGAUCGAUUAUUUUUGCAUUAAAUAAAAAGCACUGCAGUACUGCU